AUGUCAACUAAGCCUUUGGAUAAGUCCAAGCCGGGGUAUCAAGAGCCCUUGCCAGAUUCGGAGGUUGACGAGAGCGACCACGAAGGGAACUCUGAGUCUGACUUCGGAGAGGCGCCGAGAUAUGGCGGUCGAAAAGGCAAAGGGAGAAAG